CAUAGUGGGGGGAAGGCCACCCGUCUCCUGGUGGUGUCUUGAAAAGGAAAGAAAAAAAAAAAGUGGAAAAGGUUCGUUGUAACGAGAUGAGGAGCGUCUGAUGAAAGCGGAAAACAAGAAAAAAUAACAAGAUCAAAUCAAGAAUCAAUCAAUUCAAGGCGGGGCUUCGACACUCGACAGGCGUCCUUCUCUGCUCUCUAUGAUUGGCUACCGACCGUCUCUUCUUUUAUCUUUAUUAUAAUUUAAAUAAAGAAAAAGAAAUGGACCUGCAAAUGAAAGUAGCCCAGGCGGUUCAUGUCUUGAAUCACGAUACCCAAUCCUGCAACCGCGUCGCUGCCAAUCAAUGGCUCGUUCAGUUCCAGCAGACCGACGCCGUUUGGGAGGUCGCCACUUCCAUUCUCACCUCCGAUCAUCUCCACCUUCAGCAGCAGACGCCGCCGCCGCCUUUUGUCUCCGAUUUAGAAGUCGAGUUCUUCGCGGCACAGAUUCUCAAACGAAAGAUCCAAAGUGAAGGCCAUUCUUUGCAGUUAGGAGUUAAAGAUGCUUUGUUAAAUGCUCUUCUCGUGGCUGCCAAAAGAUUCAGUUCAGGUCCUCCCCAGCUUUUAACACAAAUCUGCCUUGCACUUGCUGCCCUUAUGCUUUGUGCCGUUGAGCAUGGAAAACCUAUCGAGCAGCUUUUCUACAGUCUUCGGACUCUGCAGAGCCAGGAUGAUGGUAAUGUUGCUGUGCUGGAGAUGCUCACUGUUCUUCCUGAAGAAGUUGUUGACACUCAAAAUACUGAUUGUAGAGUAAGUCCAGCCCAUAGAAGUCAGUAUGGCCGAGAGCUUCUCUCACAUACUCCUAUGGUUCUUGAGUUUCUACUGGAGCAAUCUCAGAAAAUUUCCGAUGGUGGUGUUCAACUGCAUGAAAGAAACAGGAAAGUUCUCCGUUGCUUAUUGAGCUGGGUACGAGCUGGCUGCUUCUCAGAAAUUCCUCGAGACUCAUUGCCAACGCAUCCACUUCUUAAUUUUGUGUUCAACUCUUUGCAGGUUCCAUCUUCAUUUGAUCUGGCUAUUGAAGUCCUUGUUGAACUUGCAAGUAGACAUGAGGGGCUACCUCAGGUUUUGUUAUCCAGAGUACAUUUUCUCAAAGAGGUGCUUCUUAUUUCAGCUCUUAGCAGCAGAGAUGAGAAAGUGAUUAGUGGGCUUUCAUGCUUGAUGUCAGAAAUUGGGCAGGCAACACCUUCUCUGAUCGUAGAGGCAAGUGUUGAGGGCCUUGCACUUGCAGAUGCUUUAUUGAGCUGUGUGGCAUUUCCAAGUGAAGACUGGGAGAUUGCAGACUCAACAUUGCAAUUUUGGUCUAGUCUUGCAAGCUAUAUACUUGGUCUUGACGCAGAAGGUGCAAAAAAUAGGAAACAUUCUGAAGACAUGUUGUUUUCUGUAUUUUCAGCAUUGUUGGAUGCUCUUUUAUUGCGCGCUCAGGUUGACGAAUCUACAUUCAUUGAUGAGAGUGAAACAGUUGAUUUGCCUGAUGGUCUUGCGCAUUUCAGGAUGAAUCUUGUUGAACUUUUGGUGGAUAUUUGUCAGCUUCUAAAACCUACAAGAUUUGUACAAAAGCUUUUCUUUGGUGGUUGGGCAUCACCAAAUGUAUCAAUACCUUGGAAGGAAGUUGAAACCAAACUGUUUGCUCUUAAUGUGGUCUCUGAAUUGAUUCUACAAGAGAGCCAGGUCUUCGACUUCUCGGUGAUUAUGCAGUUGGUGACAAUCUUUUCCAGUAUCCCUCCCAACAAGCUUAAGGGAUUUAUGUGCAUUGUAUACAGGUCACUCGCAGAUGUUGUUGGUUCCUAUUCCAAGUGGAUUUCUACAUUUCAAACUAUCGCUAGGCCUUUACUAUUAUUUCUUGCUGCGGGCAUUUCAGAGCCCCAGUCCUCAAAUGCUUGUGCCUCCGCCCUGCGCAAAUUUUGUGAAGAUGCUUCUACAGUUAUUUAUGAACCUGCAAAUCUGGAAGUUUUGAUGUGGAUAGGAGAGGCUUUGGAGAAGAGGCAAUUACCUUUGGAAGAUGAGGAGGAGGUAGUUAGCGCGAUAAGUAUGAUCCUUGGUUCUGUAACAAACAAAGAGCAAAAGAACAGCCUGUUGGCUAGGCUGCUUUCUUCUUGCUAUGAAGCUAUAGGGAAACUGGUUAAUGAAGGCAGCAGCGAUUCAUUCAGACAAAAUCCAGCUGCUUAUACGCAAAUUUUGAACUCAGCAGCAAGAGGGUUAUACAGGAUGGGAACUGUAUUUAGUCAUCUUGUAAUGCCUCAUCCUAGUGGUCCUGCUGCUGAUGAUCCUAUAUUUGGUCUGCUAAGCACCUUUUGGCCCAUGUUAGAGAAACUACUUAGGUCUGAACACAUGGAGAAUAGUAAUUUAUCUACCGCAGCUUGCCGAGCUCUUUCACUGGCAAUUCAGUCGAGCGGGCAGCACUUUGCUUUGCUAUUGCCCAGUGUACUAGAUUGCCUAUCAACCAAUUUUUUGUCAUUCCAGAGUCAUGAAUGGUAUAUCAGAACAGCUUCUGUUGUCAUUGAAGAAUUCAGUCAUAAAGAGGAAUUUGGACCUUUGUUUGUCAUUACUUUUGAAAGAUUUACACAAGCAACAUCAGUUAUGGGUCUUAAUUCUUCAUAUAUAUGUGACCAAGAGCCUGAUUUAGUGGAGGCUUACACAAAUUUUGCUUCCACUGUGGUGCGUGGUACUCAUAAGGAAGUAUUAGCUGCAUCUGGUUCUCUCCUUGACGUUUCCUUUCAAAAGGCAGCUAUAUGCUGCACUGCUAUGCAUCGAGGAGCGGCGCUGGCAGCAAUGUCAUAUUUGUCAUGCUUCUUGGAAGUUGGCCUAAUCUCUUUGUUGGAAUCCAAGAAUUGUAUUCUCGAGGGGUCAUACAGUGCCAUAUCAAUUCAGGUCAUAUCUCGUAAUGGCGAGGGACUUGUAUCAAAUUUAGUGUAUGCUUUGCUCGGCGUUUCAGCAAUGUCACGGGUUCACAAAUGUGCAACAAUCUUGCAACAGGUGGCUUCAUUUUGCAGUUUAAGUGAGACAACAACUUGGAAGGUUGUUCUGUGUUGGGAGUCUUUGCAUGGAUGGCUACAUGCAGCGGUGCAGGCUCUUCCAGUUGAGUAUCUAAAGCAGGGGGAAGCUGAAACAUUAGUACCAGUUUGGAUGGAGGCCCUCGUUGGUGCUGCUUCUGAUUAUCUUGGGAGCAAGACUUUCAAUGGGGAAAAGAAUAACUAUGGGCAUAUGCAAGGAAAGGGAGGAAGAGUUUUGAAGCGCAUAAUUCGAGAAUUCGCUGAUAGCCACCGCAACGUCCCCAAUUUGACCUAAUUCCUGCCCAAAGGCUGACUUAUAUCAAAUAUGGCUGAUUCAACCUGCAGCUUCAAGAGCUACUGAGCCAUUUGCUGCUGUCAGUACACUUGCUUUGAAGCUUGGUGGAUCGAGGGGGUCAAUGUUUCGAGCAAGGCCCCCGCAUCGUAACUAUUAUUCUUUAGCCUAACCUUCUUUGUACAGUCUUGUCCUAAUCCAAUUUUGAUAGAUCUCUUUCGUAAGAUAUAUAUAUAUUAUUUAUUAGCUCUUUAGUUUUGCUCUGCAUGAGCGGCUGGAGAUAAACUUUGUAGAGGAUAGAUACUUGAGAAAGAAAUCAACACUGCCUAUUUUCCCCAGAAACAAAUGGUAUACUUCUGGGCUAAAGAAGUCAUUGUUUGACUUGUA